UUUUAGUGGCCGGCUUUUCUGUUUCUCAGGUUCUGUACCGUACAAGUGGCUGUUUCCGAAGUGUGCUGCCGCUAUUCAUCAUGGUGGUAGUGGAUCCACUGCAGCUGCAUUGCAUGCGGGAAUACCACAGAAAUGGCACCAAAAGUAGCGAAAAAGGAACGGGCAAAGCCAACAAAGAAGGUGAAAUCGGAGCUUGAAUCUAUGUCUGAAUCUAGACAUAACAUGGCUGCAUAUUUACAACCGGAAGGGAGUAUCAGUCCGGAGUUUACUGGAAUCAUGGAGUAUCUUCAUAGGGCGCGCAUCAAUUAUGCUAUCACAACACAGCACGUUGCCUAUCAGUCGCACAUCAAGGCGUUUUGGAGUUCAGCUGUGAUUGAAACGGUGGAGAAUAAGGAAGUGAUCAGGGCAACAGUUGCUGAAAAACCCGUGGUUAUAACAGAAAACACUAUCAGAGAACGUCUACGGCUUGGAGAUCAACCGGAAGAUCCUACUUCUAUAGAUUUACAAUGUCAGCGGGGGUUACUGAUGAGGCUGCAAUACAGCGACGACGUUCUUGCCAAUCAGAUCAACAAGAAGUAUAUGCCGCUUCGAUACAAGUUCCUGUUGCAUAUUCUUAUUCAUUGCCUAAGCAACAAGCGUUCUGGGUAUGAUCUGUCACCGAUCGAUUUGACUGGAUUGUUUACGGCGCUGAUUCUGAACAAGCCGUUCAACAUAUCUCGGUAUAUCUUCGACAAUCUGAAGGAAAACGCUCGAAGGCCACUUCCGUCUGCAACACAGCGAACAUCCACCAAAUUCUGGUUAUAUCCCAGGUUUCUGCAGAUGAUGAUAGAUGAUCAGAUUCCUGAUCUUGCUAAAGCCGAGGCAGAUGUUCUUCCUGUUAAUCCAAUGAAUGAGCGUACUCUGCUGAUAUUCAAGUCUAUGGCCGCCUAUAAGGAAUCGGACCCAAUUAGGAAACUUAUUGGUCAUCUGGAUAUUCCUAACUACGAGGCACCGCAGCACAACAAAUGGCGUCGAGACGCGAGCGAUUCUGAUAAUGAAGAGCCAAGGUUAAUCGCUUUGGCUGAUACGCAGCUCGGGGCUAAACAUGGAAUCAAAGCAACAAGGAAGUCAGCUGGCAGUUCUAGUGCUGCAACACGUGUUGAGGUUGAUGUCAAUGUUGCUGCAGAAGACGUUCAGGGAUUGUUUGUAGAUCCUGAUGCUAGUAUUGGUGCAAGUGGUGAUGGUGGUACUGUGGUUGUUGAAACAGGUGGUAGUACAGGUGGAGAAGGUGGUGAUGCUGGUCAGUCUGGUACUGUUGCGACUGACAAGGGUAAAGGCAAAGUAGAUCAGCCAAGAAAGCUAGUUGAUGAAAGCAGCUCAUCUUCUGAUGAGGAAGGAGGUUCGGGUGAUGGUGGUUCAUCGUCUGAGGAUGAUAAUCCUCCUCCUCCAGGGAUGAAGAAAGUCUUUGAUAAACGCGGGAACCCCCGGUUUGUGCGUAUAAAGAAGACGGGUAGUACUGGAGAAUCUGACCAAGAUGAAGAUUAUACGCUUACUUCUCCGGGUUUUCUUAAGAAGAGGAAGGCAAAAAGGCAGAAUGUUCGUUCAUCAAAGAAAGCUGCUGGUGAUUCCUCUAUUCCAGUUUCUGUUCAGCCUUCAUCUGCUCCUGAGCAGCAGUUUCCUCCCUCUGGUGAUCAAUUGACUGAAAAAGAGACGCUGGAGCUAAUGUCUUCUCCUCAGAGGUCCUCUGGGACGCGCACGGUGACUGUUGAUCAACAGCCGCCUGCAACUCCCACCUCAGGUACACAUGCUCGACCCCCUCUCACUAUUACUGGUCCUACAGGCGCUUCGGGUCAGGCUGGUUAGUCUGGUUCUUCAAGACCUGAGCCUUCGCGGCCAACUCUGGCAGAAACCUUAUCUGGAUUUUCUGAAGCUGACAAGAUACAAUUCCUGAUUGAACAAGUCAGUGAAUUGGGUUCUAUAGUUGGUCGACACACAAGAACAAUUGAAGAAUAUCGUGUCCAGCGAAAACAAGAUGUAAUGGCACACAACCAGCUGUGUUCAAUUGUUGAAGCUCAGAAUAUCAAGAUCAAGGAACAGGCCGAGGAAAUUGAAAGGUUAAAACAGGCAAACAAGGAAAGAGAUAGGGAGGUCGAAAUUAUGAAAAGGCAUAGUACUAACUUGGAGACUCAGGCAAAAGCGUUAAGGGAAAAGGUCAGUAGUCGUGAUGAUAGACUAAUGGAAGCCUUCAAACCCAUGUAUGCAAACUUCAACAAGAUUCAUUCCAAGGUUGGUACAUUAUGGAGUGAGAGGUGCAGUACCUUAGGGAUAGUUCCCUCAAGGCGUGAGGAUGAUAAAGAUGAUGAUGCAGCUAAUCCAGAUCAAACAACUGCCUCAGGUUCCGGUGCAACCGCAUCCAGUGCUGCAGGUGGAUCUGGUACACCUCAAGACACUCCUUCUGCUCCUCCAACAGCUACCACUGGCCCAUCAGAACAGACAGAAACACUGGAAACGUCUACAGGGCCUGAACAGAUUAGUCUGGAACCAGAAACAUUUGCAGAUUUCCUUGAAUCCUCAGGUUCUCAGAAGUAUUAUCCUGUCACGGGUGAAUUGCUAGAAGAGGGAGAGUUUAUUUCUGAAAUGUCUGAUGAACAAAUACUGAUCUUGACUGACUUGGAUGAAGUUGCUGUGAGUAUGAUUGAUGCUACUCCGUUGGAACAGGAUCAAACUGAUUUCUCUACAAUUGAAGAAAUCUUCAUCAGUUCUGAUCCUGAACGUCCUGUAUAUGUUGGAAAGGACAAUGCGGAGGUGAAUGCUCUGGAUGAUGAUUUUGUGGCUGAAAAGACUGCAGAGUUCGCCAAUCUUUCAUCUGAUUCACCAACAGCUCAAGAAAACCGUGAGAAAACAGUGAAUGAAUGGCGAGCGGAUUUCCUUGCUAGGAAUCCUCCUCCGCUCGCUCCGUUGGACCAGGUUAACUAUAUGAGGCUGGAGAAGAAUCGGGCUCGGGGUCGCAUUAUUAGUUGGAUGUUCGUCAAGGAACUUCACUGCAUGGUCGUGAAAAGAGAAACUGGUCUUCAGCAUUUCAGAACUCUCCUCAGUAUUCUCUCACUUCCGUACUAUGAUGUUGCAGUGCUAGCUCAACUAGAUGUUAUCAAUCGAGACGAAGAAAAGAUGGUGGAUCUCUUUGCUAAGAAAAUCAGGUUGGAAAGGAGAAGGGGUUGGAAGGAUCCUCUGUACAAGCCACAGUUUCCCAGAUACGAGCAGAUCAGGUUUACACUUGAUCCAGAAACAAACACCGCUCGCUAUCGGUUAGUGUAUGAUCCUCCCAAAGUGAUGAAGAAGAUACCAUUGCUAAAGAUGAAGACCGACUUUCUUGGAAACUUCCGCUGCUGGGUUUAUGACGCGGAUACUGGUGAAGCUGUGAUCCUAUUCAGAGAUAAUCAGGAGAACUUUAGAAUAAUAGAUCCGAUGUGGAUUACUAACAUGUCCAGAUCGGAUAUUAUUGUUCUGAAGGAUCAUGAGAUAAACUACCUGGUUCGGGAUCGAGAUCAAGCUAUGAAGUUUCAAAA